CUGAAGUGGCUGCUGCUGAUGUGGCUGCUGCUGAUGUGGCUGCUGCUUUUGAUGCUGUUGCGGGAGCUGGCACUGGAAGGUGCAGUGGCUGCUGAUGCUGAAGCGGUUGCUGCGGCUGCUGCUGAAGCGGUUGCUGCUGCCGCUGCUGAAGCGGUUGCUGCUCGCGUGGCUGUUGCUGUCGUGGUGGCUGCUGACAUGGCACUGGAAGGUGCAGUGGCUUUUGAUGUGGGUGCUGCGGCUGCUGCUGAAGCGGUUGCUGCUCACGUGGCUGCUGCUGUCGUGGCGGCUGCUGACGUGGCAGGUGCGGACGAAACACCUGCUGACGUGGCAGACGCUAAUGAUGCACCUGCGAGAACAAGGAACAAAAGAAAUGGAGGAGGAGGUGGAGAGAAGAAGAAGAAGAUGAGGAAAGGAGGAGGAAAAGGAGAAGAGGACGAGAAGGGAGGUGUAGAGGUAGAGGACGACGAGAAGGAGGAGGAGGAGGAGGAGGAGGAGGAGAACGACGAGGGGGAGGAGGAGGAGAUGGAGGAGUAGGAGAGGAAGAAGAAGAAGAAGAUGCGCGUGCUGACGUGGCUGCCGCG